GUCCAGAAGUCAUCUUUUUGCUUUCCAGAAAUCAUCUUCUUGCUUUCUAGAAAUCAUCUUCUUGCUUUCUAGAAAUCAUCUUCUUGCUUUCGAAACUCUUGUUUUUUCGUUCAAAAUGGAGGGUGGGCUUUCACGAAGCAACUCGUUCACUGAUUUUGCAUCAACUAGUAGCUUUCUUGGAAAAAAAUAUGUUUGCAGGUGCAGUUUGGAUGCUGUUUUGAGAACGUCACUGACUUACCAAAAUAUGGGAAGAAGAUUUUGGGGAUGUCUUAAAUUUGAGGUUGGGAAGGCUGGGAAUGCAUGCGAUUUCUUCCACUUUCUUGAUGGUGAUGAGGUGAUUGAGGGAAGAGCCAGGGAUCUCCUGCUGUGACUUAAAGAUAAGCAAAUUAGGCUUGAGAAAGAGAUUCAAAGUUACAAGGAAGAAAACGAAAAUCUUAUG